AUGCAGGAUAUCGCCAAGCAGAGUACCAACAACAGCCCUACAAGCUCAACUAACGAUCCACCAAAAACUGACUCGCCAGUCAUUGAAAUCAACCAUGGCGAACAACUUUCACCAUCCAACUCGCUCCAAGUAUUCCUCAUCAAACCCUCGACGAUGGAAUCGAGCGUCGGACCAUCCGAUUCUCAACAGUCCGAUCAACUCAUUCGGGUCCACUCCAGCAAGACUAAAGUUCAAGAUAUCAAGACUCAUAUCUCUUCAACUUGGAGAGGCAAACCAAAGACCGAUGGGAUCAGACUGAUUGCUCGUGGCAGGAUCUUGAACGACACAGAAUCGGUCGGUGGGGCACUGGUCAAACCGCCUGAGGAUCCAUUGGUCACUCAUCCAGUCCAUGUCGUCAUACGCCCCAAUGCCUGGACCGAGAAGCUAGCCCCCAUCUUACCCGUUUCGGCCCCUCCGGCUGCUACUACCCAUCUCCCAGUCCCAACGACUCCACUAGCAUCCAACCUCAGAUCCGCCUCCCCGUCCUUUGCCAAUCUUUCGACCCUCGCCAACGCUCAGAAAGAGAAUGAGCCUCCCAAUUUCAUAUCCUCUCGCUCAAGCUUGUCAUCAGUCCCCAACGGAUUCGGACCGGCCCUCAACUCACCCGGGGUGUUAUUCAACACUUACUUCUCCGGUCUGACUGCCUACGGUCGAUAUAACUUUAUCCAGAACAUCCUGCAGGCCCAAUUCAAGAUUAUCGAACGCCUGGAAUUUCUUCGUCGUCAACUGCAUAGUCAACAUCUUCAACUACUUGGAAUUAAUCAUCCAUUCGAAAAUUCAAAUGUUAUCUUCGAUCCCAAUCAUUCGAAUGGAAAUGAAAACGAGUGGAAAACGAUCGAAGGGAAACUGAUCAACCUCUUGAGCGAAUUAAAGUUCCCUCCCCCUUAUUCAGCCUAUGCUGAUUCGGCCAAUUCUGAACAAAUGCCGGCAGAAUUCGAUGCAGUAGUACCCGAUGAGUGUAGCGAGUUCAAGCAAGUUGAGAUAGCGGGCCUACCUUAUCUACUCUACAUCCCAGAAGGUUUGGGCCAGCAAUCCACACAGGAGGGACCACCCGAGACAAACUCGCCUCUGAAGGAGUACAAAUUGCUCCAGAGAGACCUUAACCGCACCUUGCGUCUAGAUGCCCAGGUCCAGUUCUUGAUCUUACAAGCCCAGAAGACUGAAGCCACCUUGAACCAAAUGGACGACAUCAUCACUGCCGGUUUUCGACCUCACGACACUCUAGGUAAUGACCGUGAAGCCCAGCAAGCGCAACGGAUCUUCGACGGCCUCUUCCCGCCCUAUCCAUUCCCCCGUCCUCCGCUCGCCAAUGGUGGCGGGCCUGCACUGGGUCUCGGCCUCGGAUUGGGGCCUGCUGCUGACGGACUACAUCCGCCAAACAACUUUAUGCACCCCAAUGGGCCCUUGUGGCCACACCCGAUGGCCCGAGUCCGCCGAUACGAAUUUACGAUCAACCUAGAUAGUAUUCGACGCUACAUGGCACCGCUCCUCUGGCUCUCCUUGAAACUCUCCGUGCUUCUCUACAUCUUUGGACGUCAUGCUAGUUACGGCAAGCUUGUCAGUCUGAUUAUGAUGUCACUAGGCUGGGUCAUCUGGGAAGCCUACACUAUCCACCAGAGGCACGACGCACAAGCCAGACGACAAAACCGCUUACAAAGAGGUCAGCAGGCCCCUGGCGGACUGGCGGGUGCAGCUGCCCCAGCCGCCGACCCAGUUCAAGCGGUCUUGGACCGAGGCAGACGCCGUGCGCAACGUGACCGACUCCAGCAGCGCCUAAGAGAACAACGUCAACGAGUCGACGGUAUUCUGGGCAUCGAAAACCAAGAGGAAGCAGCCGUGGCGCCGAACAACCCCCAGCCUGCCCCUGUAGCUGUGCCCGCCCAACCAGCCCAACCCGCUGGCCCUCCUGCAGCGGCGCAAGCCCCUGUCGCCAACCCUCCACCUGUUCCUACUCCUGCCCCUCGUAGAAAUGCCGGACGUGGCGGAUUACGAGCUGCGGCUGCUGAUAUCCGGGCCCGAGGGGGUGCGUUCCCUCCUGGCACAGAAGUUCGACCGUUCCGAAGCACGUCUGCAUUCUCGCCGAAGUAUUGGUUGAACUCAAUUGCAGUCGUUGGGUUAGCUUCAGAAUACCGGGAAUUGGGCCUUCAUUCGAUCGGUGAGCGAGCGAUGGGUGCUUCGAAUCUGGAGUACCCUCGAUGGUACCGAUACCUGCGUAACUUGAAGACCGGUCUGGUCCUCUUCGUUGGCACCCUCUCGCCGGAGAUUGAGAAGAAGAGACGGAAGGCGCUCGAGAAGCGGGCUAGGAUAUUGAAUUUGGUCAUCGCUGAUGCAGCCCGAGACACUGACAACCAGAACCAAAAUCCGCAACAAGCACAACAGCCAAGGGUUGCGCCGCCGGCAGCGGAAACCAACAAUGGCAACGCUGCCAUCCCUCCCGCAAUGCAGGCGACGAGUGUCGCUCAGACUACGGCCCUCGAGACCCCGAAUAGCCGGCCGGUGACGGGUGGAGAAGGGGAAGAUCAACAGACUCCCCGGGCGCUUGCGGUCACGGCCCUCGAACGGGUGGGCUCGGAGAGCUCCAAUCAGACCUUAUCUCAGCGCCGGCCACACUUGAAUGUCUCCCAGUCCAGUGGGCCCUGUGUUCAAUUACAAGGGGGAGCAUCUACCGCCGCAGUUGACCGGCCUUCCAGCUCACACAGCCUCCCCAAGACGUCCCUCGACGAGUCUGGCUCUGGGGCUGAGCCUACCUCUCUUGACGCUCCUGCACCCUCCUCCUCCUCUGCUGCUCCUGUGCCUGGUCCAUCCGCUUCGAACACUCAGCAACAAGCUCAGGAUGACAACCCUGUUGAUAAUGGUACCAUCCCCUCCCCUAUCACUCCCUUGGACGGCCGUCAGGUCGUCGGGGGACUGGACGAUACUGAUGACGAGGAAAUCAUCGGCGCUGAAAACGACGAGGCUGGAAUGCUUCUCUUCUGA